GCUCUGGGAAUUCAGGGCGCAGCGAAUCAGGUUGCAGCAAGCGAGGAUUUAAACCAAGACGCUCGACUUUAAGAUUAUACCAUCGCAUUCACUAUUACAGCUAGUCGUGUUUUCUGUUGAGGCAGCACACAGUUCAAAAAUGGCUCUUCGAGUAACCAGGAACCGCUUGGCUUCUACCAAGGCUGAGCUCGGUGGAAAGGCCUGCUCGGUGGCCGGGCCCACAAUGAAGCCUCGAGCAGCUCUGGGCGAAAUCGGGAACAUCGCAAUUAAGAAAGACGAACAGAAAAAGACUGUUAAGACUGAGGCUAUCAAGAAGACCAGAGCUGCCACCAAAGCAGAGAAGGUUGAACAGCCAAAGCCCAAAAAUGUUGUUCCUGUGAAACCUGAGGUGGUGCCGGUGAUUCCACCAGAACCUGCAUCUCCCACUCCAAUGGAGACUUCUGGUUGCGAGCCUGUUGACCUGUGUCAAGCGUUUUCCGACGUCAUUCUACACAACGCUAUCAGGGAUGUUGAUGCCGACGACUAUGACAACCCAAUGCUCUGCAGUGAAUACGUGAAGGACAUCUACAAGUAUCUCCGUCAGCUUGAGGUUGAGCAGAGCGUCAGACCCACUUACCUGCAGGGGCGGGAGGUCACUGGCAACAUGCGAGCCAUUCUCAUUGACUGGCUAGUGCAAGUCAACCUGAAGUUUCGUCUUCUGCAGGAGACGAUGUACAUGACUGUGGGAAUCAUUGACCGCUUUCUUCAGGAUAACCCAGUCCCCAAGAAGCAGCUGCAGCUGGUUGGAGUGACUGCCAUGUUCCUUGCUUCCAAAUACGAGGAGAUGUAUCCCCCAGAGAUCUCCGACUUUGCCUAUGUGACUGACCGGGCCUACACCACUGCCCAAAUCAGAGACAUGGAGAUGACAAUUCUGCGGGUGCUGAAGUUUAGACUAGGCCGGCCACUUCCCCUGCAGUUUCUCAGGAGAGCCUCAAAGAUUUUUGAGGUGACUGCUGAGCAGCACACCCUGGCAAAAUAUCUUCUGGAGCUCACCAUGGUUGACUACGACAUGGUUCAUUUCCCACCCUCCAUGGUGGCCAGUGCUGCUUUGGCACUCACCCUCAAGAUCUUGGAUGCUGGAGAAUGGGAUGCAACCCUGCAGCACUACAUGGACUACACAGCAGAGAGUUUGAUUCCUGUUAUGGCACACAUUGCUAAGAAUGUUGUUAAAGUCAAUGAUGGGCUGACCAAGCACAUGGCUAUCAAAGGCAAAUACUCCACUUCAAAGCAGAUGAGGAUUGCUACCAUCUCGCAGCUCAAAUCUUCAGUGAUUAAGGAUCUUGCAAAGCAGGUCACCCAGUGAGAGAACUCGAUGAGCUUGGCACCAUGUGCUGAUUUGUACAGAUGUAACUUAAACUUUUGGCAUGACUGAUCUAUGUGCCCGGCAUCAUGUCGGUGGUUUUCACAUUUAACCAUCUGAAAUUGUAUGCAAUUUUGCUGACCCUCCUUCAAAGCAUGUUGUAAGUUCAGUUUGCCUUUCAAUCUGAAAGCCAGAUAUGAAAUGGCCGCUUAAACCUGUAAUUACCUGUAACAUGUACUACAGUAGUUGGCUAUCACCGACUACUGUAAUGCAGUUCACGUCUCACCAUGUCAUGGUUUACACUACUUGGCUUGCUGGGAUCUCAUGCCCACAUUGCUGAAUACAUUCCAAUGGGGACUCUACAUUCUUGAAAGUUUAAUUGAAUUGCUAAUCUGAAACUUUUGACAUGUUUUCAAAAAUGGUCAGCUCUUUAAAUGACAGAUGUUAACAUUUUAAUGGGACUGUUUUAAAGUGUGGGAGUGACUGUGUAAAAUGUACAAUACUUUUAAAAUUUUUACUUUGUGUUUUUUAAAGCGUCUAUUAAAUGGUUUUUGACCAGA